AGGAUAUCUCGACACACAAACACAUGCACUUCCACACACUCACAGUCUUUUACUGAAAGUGCUCUGAAAGCUCUUUUGUAGAUCCAAAGAAUGUUCCCUUUGUUCACAACUUAUUUAUCCCACUUCCAUGUCAUUUUGUGUAAGAUGGGUUGGUGACAAUAUUGAGAGGAAGAGUACUAGAAAGACAAGAAGCAGUACACUGUCUGAAUUGAAUGUCAUUCUGGAAAUAUGUUCAUUAGCCGCUUCUAAAUCAAGCAACCCUUCAGAGUUUACUGUAACUGUUUCCCAGAUGGCUGUUGUUGCGCAAUACAUCAUGUGGUUCCCACUGUAGUCACAGACAGAUUUUGACAUGUUUAUUCCUCUCCAACAGCCUGAGCGUAGUUACCCUGUGACGUCUCAUCUGUUGGCAGGUGUUCAGAUAUGUGCUGUAUGUGCUUGUGAAUUUCAGAGCGCAGAUCGCUGUGCAGCAGAGUACCAGGAAGCAGGGCGCAGACAUGAAGGAGGGAAGUGGAGGUUUUCACGCGUGGGGAGUGCUGCUGGUGGGGAUGUGUGCGCUGCUGCUCCUGAGCUCUGCGGGUUUAGUGUCUCUGCUGGUUCGGCAGAAAGAGCUGACGGGGGAGCUGGUCAGGUUGGACGCCCAGAUGCAGGAGCUGUCACAGAGCUGCAAGCUGCAGGCGGGAAUCCCGUCCGGGGACCAUGGAGAGGCUGCAGACCUGAAGACGCUCCGCCGCAGCAGAAGGAACCAGGAGGAAGAACCAACACAAAGUCAAGAGAAGAAGGAUACGCUGAUGCUGAUGUCAUACUCCAUGGUCCCUGUCAAAUCCCUCGUCGACCUGUGUGGCAGCUCCAAAGGACUUUGUUCAACAGGUCCACCUGGACCUCCAGGUUUGCCUGGAAGAGCUGGUUCACCGGGACCAAAGGGUGUGCCAGGCCCGGAGGGGAAAAGAGGCAGAAGAGGACCCCCUGGAGAACCAGGACCUAAAGGAGACCCUGGGUCUCUGCAACUGAAAGGUGAAACCUGCAACAACAUUUUCAGUGAGGGCCCUCCUGGUCCUCGGGGUCCACCGGGUCCCCCAGGCCCACCCGGUCCAGCCUGUCCUGCCUGUCAUUCUAACAAAGAGAGAAAUAAGACCAGGGGACGUGUUCAGCAAACAAACACGCUGAGGGGUAAGUAACCUCUACACUAAACUAGCAUGUUUAUUAAUCACUGCUAAAAACCUCCUCACAGAAUUGACACCAAUGCCCUAAAGAAAAAAUAAGAAAUAUUAGCCUAUUAAGUUCAGCGUGUUAGUGUGGUUGUGGUCCCCUUGAAUUCAUGUUGAUUUCA